AUGACGACCAAUGACACAGGUCAAGCCGUAACUACCAUUGAGAUGUUACCUCUUAAUAGCAAGAUAUGUGAAUUAGACGCAGUUAUGGCUUCGGUUAUGCGGAUGAGUGCACCUUUUAUAAUCAUCUGCCUUCUCCUAGCAAUUAGCUCUUCAGAUAGCCAGAGUAAUGUGGGAACAAGGCGUGGUGACUUACAAGUCUUGACUACUGAUGUGCUCUAUAGAGUUGGGAUGGACUUUGGAAUGGAAGGGAUGCCGAAGAGGGAAACGAGACCAGGAAUAAUGAGAGGAGUGAGACUGCAGACAAUGCCAGGCGUGAUAUCAAACAUAAUGUUAGAAACAAUGUCGGACCUUGGCACACCUGAAACAGUUCCUAUAGAAACACAGAAUACUGGGAGUGGCCAGUAUAUUAUGGAGAGAGAUACUCCAAUUAAAUUUCAUUAUAGUUUUUCCCGCCAAAAUGAUGGCCAAAUGGUGAAUAUGCUCAGUGACCGCGCCCAUGUGUUGGGCUCAGUGAAUAAAAAAUCAGCAGAAAUGAUGAACGCACAGAGCUCCAAAGAUGUCCGAGAAAUUUUGAAUGAUCCCUCAUAUCAAGCGAUAAUGCGGGAAGAGUUUUCUCCAUACUGCUAUCAGCUGCCACGUUGUGACCCAAACAAAAAGUACCGCUCAGCCUGCGGUGCCUGUAACAACUUCAGAAAUCCCUUAUAUGGAAAAGCUUUCACACCCUUUCGUCGAAUUGUACCGUCAAAGUAUGAAGAUGGUAUUGAAGCACCAAGAACCAGAAGUGUACUGGGAGGUAGCUUACCAAGUGCUCGUGACGUCAGCAACGUCAUCCAUGAGGAGCCUCCAAUUAAUGUUGAUCCCGUCAUUACGCCGUUUGUCUAUUCUUUUGGACAGUUUCUUGAUCAUGAUUUCACAAGCACACCUUUAAUGGAAGAUGAAAAUGGAUAUUUGAUCGAAGACUGCUGCCUAAACCCAGAAAGAUUUGAGUGCUUCAACAUUCCCGUGUCAGUAAGAGAUCCGUACUUUACCGACCCUACAAGAAAGUGUAUUCAUUUCGUGCGAUCGGACAUUGCACCCCCGCUUGAUUGUUCAUCAGGAAUUCGUCAACAACAAAACCAAAGAACGGCUUUUAUAGAUGGUACAAUGAUAUAUGGCUUCAACGGAGCGAAAGAAGAUUCGUUACGGGUUUUUGAAUUGGGGUUUCUGAAGGUGAGUGAGGCUUUCCCAAAGAUCAGUGGAGUGCUGCCAGAAGGUGAGGAAUUUAGCUGUAACAUACAUAAGGAGGACAGGCAAUCACGGGAAAUACAGCACUGUUUCGACUCAGGUGACCACAGACAUACAGAAAAUCCUCUGCUCACGGUUUUACAAACCGCCUUCCUCCGCCGUCAUAAUCUCAUAGCGACCUUACUCAGGAAGAAUUUCGGUGUUACGGAUGACGAGCUCUUGUUCCAAGAGGCCAAACGAAUGGUAAUUGCUGAGUUACAGCACAUUACCUACAACGAAUUCCUUCCUAUUGUGUUGAAUAAGAGGUUGAUGAAAAUGUACAAUCUGAAGUCUAAGACAGGCCACGACCGUGUGUAUAACGCUUCUUCAGACCCGCGCAUCAUCAAUGCAUUUGCAACUGCUGUGUUCAGAUUUGGUCAUUCUUUGGUUAGGCAGGUAGUUGGAUCAGACAAUGGAGCAUUUGUUGAUUUAUAUCAACUGAAUAAACAUUUUGAGCGACCUCGCUUGACAUUGAGUGGAAGAGGCUAUGGACAUGAGUAUCUGACAAGCUGGAAAGCAAGAACAGGGGCGGCACAGCCAGAUGGUUUCCUCGUAGACGCCUUGCGUAAUAAAUUAUUCGAAGCAGAGUCAUCUUCACUUGUUGGAGCUACACCAAGCUUUGACCUCGCUGCUUUAAAUAUUCAAAGAGGAAGGGAUCAUGGAUUGCCUGGAUACAAUGUGUAUAGAGAAUGGUGUGGACUUCCUCGAGCUCGCCAUUUUGGAACUUGGAAAUUAGGACUUGUAGAUCAUGAUGAAAGAACAGCAGCAAAACUUCGUGCUGUGUACAGGCACCCAGACGACAUUGAUCUUUUUUCUGGCGGAUUGUCUGAGAGACGCCUCCGCGGUGCGUUAAUCGGUCCUACCUUUGCCUGUAUCCUAGCUUACCAGUUCCAACAACUCAAGGUCGGAGACAGAUACUGGUAUGAGAAUCCACACCCAAUCUAUGGAUUUUCAUCAGAACAAUUAAAAGAGUUAAAAAAAGUAAGUCUUGCGAAGGUCAUUUGUUCCACGGCGGAGGAGGGCAAAAUUAUGGACAUCCAGCGGAAUCUUAUGAUACGUACAAGCAGGCGGAACCCCCGGAUGACCUGUAACCAAGUGUUAGGAGAGGGGCAGGAGCUGGGGUACCGUAUAAACGUGUUUGGAACAAACUUUCUUGGUCAUAGGGAACCGGCAAUAAGAAAUAUACAGAGACCUGUGCGCAUAUUAAGGCGGAUCUAUUCAUAUAACCCCACACUGCAGCAUCUUCUCAGAAACAGACCCCACAAUGAAAACAUUGCCAGAGAGGUUGUUCUUCCCACGAGGAGCGGGCAUAGGAGGCGUAUUGCGGUCAGCACACGGAGACCUCUCCAGUUUGAUACCCAUGUAGCGUGACUUCGAUACCCAGGAUAACAGAAUUAAUAUGUACCUUGUGCUAUUUAAGUAUAUGCGAUUAUGAAGGAGUACAUGUAAAUGUGGUAUUUUAUUUAAAGACACUGGACAGGCGGUAACAUGACUAGGUUCCAUUAACUAAAUUCUCGUUUUCUUUUACUGACGACCCGCACUCCUGACCUACCCAUUCAACUAUAUAGACGUUUUAUCAUUCUUCUGGUAUACAGAUAUUAAUAAUAUUUGUAUUGUGCUCGUG